AUACUACAAUUUACCUGGCACACUCAAACGAUAUUUAAUAAAUAUACAACCGUCUUGCCAUAGCCUCUGCUCAAUCCUUCCGUUACCUAGCAACAACGCUUUUCGAAAUCGAAAUGUCUGACUAAAUAGAAAUGAAAUCGUGCUAACGGAGAAGCAGACACAUACAUCGAGCUAGUCAGCUGAGCCGCACACAGAAAACAUGGCGGCUGCAGAAACGGACCGAAGCUUGAAGAUGAGUGAAAUUAAACAAUGCCUCCCACAUAUAAGCAAGGCAUUGUUGACAGCCGCCUGUUUGACGUAUCCCAAUGAACCGGUGGAGUUCCUGAAAAGAGUGCUUAUUGCAUUCCAGGGACAUGAUAAUCUGAGAACUGUCGACUGGCAAAAAUUUGUUGAUUAUGUAAACGAUUUCAUAAAAAAAGAUUCUCUGAAAUCCAAAGCUGUAGAAACAAGUUCCCAAAGCACCCAAAUGGAGCGAUACUGUCAAUUGGAAAAGGCUGCCUCUUGUUACAUGAGACACUUACUGGGUAUGUGCUUCAGGGCGUGGAAGAAGUUCAUUCAGCAGAAGAAAAACGAAAUCUUAGCGAUGGCUCUGCAGAUGCAGGUGGCAAAGAUGUAUGCUGAGGAGAAGUGCCAGAAAGCUGCAUUCUUUGGAUGGCUGAUCUUUGAGAAGUCAUACAGGAAGAGAAAAGCAGCCGCCAUUGCGAAACUUCAGAAUCUGGUGUACAAAGUCCGCUUCAACCGCUACAUAACAGCUUGGCACGUCGUUACUAUGGAUGCAAAGAGGCGAAGAGAGUAUUUUGAGAGGUUGGAGGCAAAUGUCAAAGAAUUCGACAGUAAAGGUCAGCGGCCUUCUAAGACUCAUCUGCUCGAGAAAAGAGUUGAUGGAAUCUCAGACCUCCCUCAUCACCUGUCACUGAAGAUCUUUCAGUAUUUAGAAUUAAGGGACUGGCUAAACUGUUCUGAGGUGUCCAAUACCUGGAAAGCGAUUGUCCACUCAGGCUCGUUGUGGAGUCAGAUUGACUUCUCGGUGGGGAAAGACUGGGUAACAGAUGCUAUAGUGCAGAAAAUACUGAAGAGCUACCGGCCCUUUGUGACCCACCUGAACCUGCGCGGCUGCCAUUCGACAAAAUGGUCCAGCUUAAAAUAUAUCAGCGAAUGCAAAAACUUGCAGGAACUCAACUUGUCCGAGUGCUUGGCUAUUUCUGAUAUGAUGAUUCACAAAAUCACAGAGGGAUGUCCGUGCCUGCUCUACCUGAACCUUUCUUACACACUCAUAACCAACCAGUCUUUGAAAGCAAUAUUCAGGAAUUGCCACAGCCUUCAGUACCUGAGUCUGGCCCACUGCCGCAGAUUCACAGAUGAUGGAUUUACAACCCUGACCACAGAGGAAGGUGGUCGAAAUCUCAUCCACCUCGACUUAAGCGGAUGCCUUCAGAUGACACCCAAAGGGUUCGAUUACAUUUCUACAGGAUGCCCGUCUCUCAAAGAGGUUGUGAUGAACGACAUGACAACUCUGUCAGACACCUGUGUUUUGGCCCUACUUUCCAAGUGUUACACUCUGUCCUCCAUCUCUCUAGUGGGCUGUCCUCUCCUGUCCGACAUCACCUUUAAAGUCAUGGCAAAAGUAGCCAAUCUGAAAAGUUUGAGUAUAGAGGGCAACAACCAAAUAACUGAUGUGACCUGGGAGGCCCUGUGCAGCUUCUCCGCUGGUCUCAACAAGCUGCAUGUGGUAGACUGUCCUGGAAUGACUGAUGAUGGCAUGAGAUAUGUGGCCAUGCUCAGACACUUGAAUUACCUGGAUGUUUCACUCUGCAGCAGGGUGAGUGAUGCUGGAAUCAAAUGUUUGACUGAAGGUCCCUCAGCAAACAAACUGCAUAACUUUAGCCUUAGUCAGUGUUGCCUCAUUAAUGAGUUCUCCAUCAAGAGGAUUGCACGAAGGUUGCAUAAACUGUUCCACCUUAAUUUGAGUUACUGUGAGAGGGUGACAGACCAGGCUGUGGAGAACCUGAAUGGCAGCUCCAUCCAGUCUCUGGACUUGACUGGCUGCAACAUCCGAGAUCAGGGACUGGCUUCACUUCAGAAGAUCCGUCUAAAGAAGAUUGUCAUUGCCAAGUGUAUAUUCAUCACCGAUCAGGGCAUAGAGAGGCUGUGCGAGAACGCGAGAGAUCUGGAGUACAUUGACAUUUCCCAAUGUCCGGCUCUGACUGAUGCAGCAAUCAAAGCCAUUUCAUUUUUCUGCAGUUGUCUCCUCAGACUGAAGAUGGCAGCGUGUCCACAGAUGACAGAUAUGGCGGUCGUGUAUCUGACCACUGGCUGUCAGUACCUGCGAGAACUCGACCUGAGUGGCUGCAAACUCCUCACCGAUCGCUCUCUUAAAAACCUAAAAAAGAUUUGUCCUCCACUCACCACCAUCAGAUUAAAUGACUGUGCAGGCAUCUCAUGGGAGGCUGCUGUGAAACUGAAAAGACGCCUCUCGCACUGGGAGUAUAGCGGCGACACAUCUUCCUCCUGGUUCGAUUGCAAUGUACACAAGAUUGCAAUGAUCCCGAAGGAUAAUGACUCAUGGGUAACGGAGAGGGACAUUGGAAAGUCAUGAACAGCAAUUACAUCCAGAAAGCUCGAAGUUCUGUUUAAAUACAGAAAAACCUGGAGGAACGAUUAUCUUCAAGCAGAGGUCACAACCUUAAGUUCUCAAAGUCCGGUGUGCUGUGACUUUUAGAUGCAUAUUUCAUGCAACCUGCCGAAUGGUUGAAUUGCCUCCUCAGCUGGCAACUAGAAGCUGCAGAGUCCUGCUGACGACAUUGUUAUUUGAUUCAAGUGAGAUGCAGCAGAGGUGCACCUAAAAGCUGCAGACCAACAUCAAGGGCAGAAAUUUGAGGCCCCUGUUUCCGAUCACUCCAACCAUCGAUUUAGGAGCUUUUGUACAUUUCUUAUUAAAGUGUUUUUAUUUUCACUGAUAUAUUUCAAACCAAUUAUAAACCAGGUAAUAAUUCACCUGGCUUUGCCAUGGUAAUUCAC